AUGGACAAGUCCGACCGGCAGUCGGUUGCCUUGGGGCCAUCAACGACAAGUGCUAUACAAGAAUCACAAUCUGGCACCUACGACCAUCUACCGGACCUAUCCGUCGAUAUCUCAAUGGGCACGAGCAGUACAAGCCGACCCGCUUUCGAACAGCUCAAUGCCACUCUUAUAUCGCGAGGAUACCUUCGUCUGCCUCUGAACGUGGCGGGGAUGCGCGAGGACUCGCUCUCUGCCCUCGCCGACGCACUGCAUGCGUUAAUUGCCCAACGAGAAGAGGACAUCGAAGUGCGCACUGCUCUCACAGCCAAGAAUCGCACGCUGACGGCAUCGCUGGAGCGAACAAAGCGUUUUCAGAAGGAGGAAAUUGAGCGGUCCGCUGACUUUGAGCGCAAGGCGGAGGCUUCAAAAUCCAAGCUCAUACAUCUAUCAACGCAGCUGGAGACGGAGAGAAACGCUCACAAGGCAACGAAAGAGGCACUGGGGCGCAUGCGAAGGGACCUUCAGGCGAUCAAGGCUUCUGCGCUCCAGUACAAAACCGCGAACGAUCGAUCUGUAGCCAGAGUACGGGCCCGUAUCGGAGAAGUGACCAACUCGGCGAUUCGAUCUGCAGUACCGGACUUCCAGAUUGUUGCUUCUGCUUUUGACGAUGUUCCGAACGGAUCGUCCUCGAAAGCUGGUGCAGCGGGCGUGUAUGCCCAACAGGUGCAGGAGCUGGAGCAGAAGCGAGCUCACCUGGUGGAGUACAAUCAGGCUCUGAAACGCUUUGCGACAGAAGCCAUAAACGCUGCUCGUCGCGCGGAUCAGGAGUUGGUUGAUAUAGUGGAAGCAGAGGAGGAUGACGCAAGAAAAAGGGACGACAAAGCUGCGAGCAAGCCGCUUGGCGACUCGAACGGCUCUCGAUCUGCCUCCUCAAGUAGUGUGACCGGGAUGGGCGCAUCCAACCGAUCUUCGCCGUCGGAUGCAUGGCUUGACGGUCACCGACCUCUCUUCCAGCGGGAUCUCUUUCCCACCAACGACACUCUGCGUUCCACCCCGGCAGGCACUUUGGUUUCAGGCUCAUCGAGCAAGUCGCAACAUCCAGCCUUGCGUGCACUCGAACUCACCUCGACUACCAUCAGCGCCCACAUUCAGUCUCUUCUGGACCGCCGCACCGAGCGCUCUAUCUACGAGUCCUCGCUCCGUCAGCGCAUGGCUGCGGAAGCACGCGAGCAAGCAUGGGCCGCCAAGCUCGAGCAAGACGUUCACGAAGAUUUACAAAACGACGUUCGACUCUCGCUCAACAAGACAAAUGGGCCCGCGCAUAUUGGUUCGCUCGCCUCUGCAGCCAUUGUAGCCUUGAGUGGCUCUGGCGGUAGUCGUGCAUCAGGUCGAGUGGACUGGCAGAGGGAGAAAGUAGACUUGGAGAAGAAGCUCGCACAGCUUGUGAAGGAGGUUGCAGUAGCAGAACAGCAUGCGGCAAGGAAGGAGAAGGAGGUCAAGAAGCUCGCCGAGGCAGAGCAGAGGGCACGUAGUUUGCUCGACCAGGUUUCUUCAUCUGCUGCAACUGGCAAGGCAGAAAAGUCAGCAAAUGACUCGGAGGAGAUGCAGCAAGUGGAUGCUUUGAGAGAGGAGCUCCAUAACUCCGAAGGGGAGCGGGCACGACUUGCCUCAAGAUGCGAAAUGUUGGAAGCCGAAGCCCGAGAGCUACGCAAUGAGCGAAAUCGUGUCGCCUCAAUUGUGGCAACACCUGCUGCACCAAAUGUUUCUGCAUUCACCUCUCUCAAGCGACUCAACGAUGCUGAGGUGGCCGAGAUCCAUGCGCGUGAUCAAAGGCGACGCACCGACCUCGGCAGCCUCUCUGUCGUUGCCGAAGAUUCAGAAAUGCCUUCCCUCACCAGCACUGCCGACACAGUCGAGACUGCCAGCGAUGACGUGGACGGGGCAGCAGACACGUCAAAAUCUCUACGAACUGCACCCAAGAGCCAAAGCAACAAGGGCUCAGCCAAUGCCGACAUGAUGAGCCCUGGAGAAAGUUUUGGCAACAAUCCGGAACUUGAUGCCAUCUUUGGCGUCAGCAAGCCUGCCAAAGCUGUAAAAGCGGCUAAGGCUUCAGAUUUGGCGCCACGCCGGUCGUCGAGACUGUCAGGUGGGAGCACUGCAGCUGGGGCAAACCUAGAAACAGCGCUAGUCGAGGAGUCAAAGAAUGAUCUUCGAAACGCCAAAACUGAUGAAGAGGAAGCCGAACCAACAGUUGUGUCAAAGAGUGCUAGCAAGAGGCGCGCAAGCCAACGGAUUUCGGACGGCCUACUUCCAGUUUCAGAGCCGGUGGCCACGGACGAAUCCUCGUCUCGAGCUUCGAAACGGUCUCGGGCAGAGCAAUCAGCACCAUCCUCCGGGAGCUCGCUGGCUGAAGCGGAUGCAGCAACAAAGCCUACCCUAAGAUCAGCUACAUCAGAUGCUGGCCAGUCUCGACGCCGACUAUCAACACGAGAGAAGCAAGAGCUGGAACAGCGACAAAAGCUGCCCCGAACCGUGCCGGGCCCAGCAGCUGCUCCUACCAAAACACCAGCAUUGAGCUCGAGGAGAAUUGUCUCUGGGUCGUCGUCAUCAGUGACUCGACCUACAGCUGCUUCACUGCGACGCAGUGAAGCAACGCUAGCCAGCUCGGCCAAACGUCCACUCUCGAACGCAACCAACACUGGCGAAGGGCUGGCGAAGAACCCAGAGUCUGCUAAAGUCAAGACUCAAUCUCGCACUGUAUCCGAAUCGAGCGUUGUCCGAACACGGUCUUAG